UUGUUCAUUCCCCUUCUCCUAUAUAUAAGGAUCCUUCUAAACCGAGAAAAUAUCAACUCAAUUUUAACCUUGGCUCCGAAUACGUAAAAGAUUCAAAGCAUAUACCGGUUUCAGCGAUGGAUCAUCACCACAAUUCUCUUCAACAGCAUCAACAUAAUUUACGUCAUGCUGAUCUACCGAAUCGUCAACCUGCUUCUUCGAUCACCCUUCCUUCUAUAAGAGAAUUGAUAACGCUUCCUCCUUUAUCUUCUUCGCUAAAUCAACAAUCACAUCCUCAUAUUCAACAAGAUUCUAUACCAUUGAAUUCGAGGCCGCAUCUUCCUCCUUUACAACAUUCUUUAGAAUCACCUCCAUCUCAAAACCUUACUUCAUUUAAUUAUAAUAAUCAUAAUACUUCCAAUUCAGUAAAUUCAGUAAAUUCUAUAAAUUCUAUAAAUGAUCUUAUGAAUGAUAAUCGUACUCCAUUUUCUUCGUCAGAUGUGCCUCAGGUGUCUCAAGCACCCCAGAUAUCUCACCAAACUUUACCUCAAGUUCCGUUAUCUUCUCCUAAAGUUACCCAUUUACAACCUUCACAACAGCAACCAAUUAUGCAAUAUCCUUAUGAAAAUCGUGAAACUUCUCCAUCUUAUUUGGCACCUCCGCAUCAGCAUCAUUCUGGAAGUAAUUCUUCUCCGAGACCUAUCGCUCCUCUUGGUCCUUUACCUAAUCAACAACCAGUAACAACAUCUACUCAAUCUCAAUCUAGUGUUACUCAUGAUGCCCAUGUAUUCGUGCCGUAUGUUCCCACUACUAAUCCUGUUUCGGAUACUGGUUCUCAACUUGCCGCUUCAAAGUCAUCGACCCGUCCUCGAAAAGAUAGUAUAGUUAGUGGUGUGGUUCCUUCUUCACAAAAACGUAAUAGAAAACCUAAGGACGCUGCAAUACCAAAAAUUUUUGUAGAUAUGAAUGAAGAAGAGAAAAAGAUUAAUCGUUCUUCUGAAAUUCCUUCUGAAAUUCCUACUGAAGAUUCUUCUUCAACUGACAUUAUAACAAAUCAAAAUCUUAAACGUGAUUAUUCUUGUCUUCCUGAAUCUCAAGUUGUUGAUUCUGAUAAUAAGAGAUAUAAACUAUCACCAGAGAUUAAUGACGGUUCAACUAUGAUGAAUGAUGUUAUUGAAACUAAGGAUGAAAGUAUUGAGACUGCAUUGAUUUUAAAUUCUUUGAAAAAUAAUAACAAUGUUUGUGAAAAAUCAAUUCCUCUCGUUCCUAAAACUUCAUUAGUUGUUGCUAAUGUCGAUGUAACAAAUACGAAUGUCGUCGAUAAGAAUGUUGUCAAUAUGAAUGUUCUUGAUACAAAUGUGGUUAAUACGAAUGUCGAUAAGAAUGUCGAUAGGAAUGUUAAUAAGAAUGUCAAUAAGAACGUCAAUAAGAACGUCAAUAAGAAUGUCAAUAAGAAUAUCGAUGUUAAUGUCGAUACUAAUGCUGAUACUGAUGUCGAUAUGAAUGAGAAACAUGUUAAAGAAGAGAAUGAUAAUGACCCUCCGGUGAAAUCUACCUGUAUUUCUCGUAGUGGAUCUUUUAACUCCUCUAAACGACAUCAAUCUCCCAUUAAAAAGUCAUCUAUGAACAUUGAUAAAAUGAUUUGUGAGGAUAAUAAUGCUGGUAGUCGUGUUAUUAAAAACAUUGUACAUAUUAAGCAAGAACGUAUUUCAUUAGACAAUGCGGGCAAUGAUUCUGAUAAUGAUCUGGCAAUGGAUGAUGAUUCGGACGAUGAAGAGUUAUCUAAACGAAAGCAACCUACACAUGAUAAUGAUAUUGAUAAUAACCUUCAAUGGAAUAGUGAUGAUAUGGAAACAGAGGAAGAAGUUGAAGAAGAAGUUGAAAUUCCUUCAAUAGGCGGUAAAGAUGAUCAUAAACCAUUGGUUUAUUCAUCUCCUCCUUCAUUGGCUUCACCUUUACUUGAUACUAACCGUGUUAAGGUCGAAGAUGCUGUUAAUCGUGUUAAGGUCGAAGAUGUUGUUAAUCGUGUUAAGAUCGAAGAUGCUGUUAAUCGUGUUAAGGUUGAAGAUGCUGUUAAUCGUGUUAAGGUCGAAGAUGUUGGUAAUCGUGUUAAGGUUGAAGAUGUUGUUAGUCGUUCAAAGGUCGAAGAUGUCAAGGACGUUUCUAUGACAGCAGGAAAUUUGGCUUCGGUUACAUCCACUACAACCACUACCACCACAAAACCUACCCAUCCAGCAUCUCCUAAUACAAAUUCAAAUUAUAAUGGUACUAUAUCACGAAAAGCUUCUACAUCUAGUUCGAUAUCUCGUAAAGGAUCAACAUCUAGCAAUGGUAGUAAUAAAGACAUUAAUGGAGGUUCAUCUAAUACAUCAUGUUCAGAUGUUUCAGAUGCUUUAUCAACAUCAUCAGCAUCACCUACAAACGUUAAUGGUAAUGGUAAACCUCAAAGACCUUAUCCUACUAGACGUAGAUCUACAAUGAGAGAUGAUGAAAAAUUAGAAUUGGAUGCAAUAGAAUGGGAGAAAAAUAUAGAAAUUCCACACCAUAUUUGGGAUGAAACAUUACGGGUGUUUGAAAUUGUAAAACAUUCUAAAGAAAUGAAGAAUAGGCAACCUCAUCGAAAAAGAAAUCAUAUACUUGCAUCGAUUCUUUUUAUCCUUUGCAGGCAAAAUGGACUUCCUCGUACAUUUGUGGAAAUAUGUAAUGCAGCAUCUAUUAGAAAGCAAGAGAUUGGAACUUAUUAUCGUCUCAUGCUUAAAGUAUUUGAGAGUAAUGGAUUAGGUGGUGGAUCUAAUGGUACGGUUGAUUCUGCUGAAUAUUUGAACCUUAAACUUCCAUCACAUAUACUUGAUGCGGCCAUUCAUGUAUACAGACAAGCAAGUGAAUUGAAUAUAACAACAGGAAAAUGCCCAGUUUCAGUUGGAGCAGCUUCAAUAUGGUUAUCAAUUGCAUCGUGGAACGAGAUUCGUUUACACAAUUGGAGCAACAGCGAUGAUCAUGAACAAAUAAAGUGUGAACACAAGGAUGUUGCGCAAGUUGCUGGAGUAGUUAAUGCCACACUUGUUGGUUGUUACAAGAACUUAUUAAAAUUCAAGGAUGAACUAUUACCGCCAGAAUUUUUAAGAGAAGCAAAAACUAGGCCUCCAGAUCUUUAUAAAAAAAGCGAUAUGAUUGAGACUAAUGCUGGUAAUAAUGUAGAGGAUGAAAAUAUUGAAGACAAGAAAAUUACGCAUAGUCCUUUAUUAGAUAAUAAUAUAAUUGGUAGUCCACCUCCUAUGGAUGAUUAUAAAGAAGCAG